AUGAAAGGAAAUCAGUCAAGGGUGACUGAAUUUGUUCUUCUUGUAUUAACAGAUGAUCCCGAGGUUCAGACUGCCCUCUCUGUGGUAUUCCUAAUGAUCUACUCUUUUAGUCUAUUGGGGAAUUUAACUGUCACAACGCUAAUGAAGAUCAACUCUCAGCUCCACAAACCAAAGUACUUAUUUCUUAGUCAUUUAUCUCUCUCUGACACAGGCUUUUCCUAUUCGGUGACACCCAAGAUGCUGGUAAAUCUCUUGGCUGAGAAGAAAACCAUUUCUUUACCAGCCUAUGCAGCGCAGCUCUUCACUGGGGCUACUUUUGGAGGCUCAGAGUGUUUCCUGCUGGCAGUAAUGGCGUAUGAUCGGUAUGCUGUGAUCUGCAAACCACUGAUCUAUAUGGCCAUCAUGUCCGAAAAGAAAUGCGUGGGCUUGGUAGUUCUUUCCUACCUAACAAGUAUCACAAACGCUCUGAUGUAUACCAACUGGGUUGUUUGCUUACGGUUCUGUGGCCCGAAUGAAAUCAAUUAUUUCUGUUGUGACUCUUCUGCCCUCUUGAAGCUUUCUUGUUCUGACACCCAUCUAGCUAAGAUCUUCCCAUCGAUCUCUUCAGGGGCCAUGGUGACCAUCAGAACUGUGAUUAUAGUCAUCUCUUAUCUCUACCUCUGCCAUUCUGAGCAUCCACACUAUGGAGGGAAGAUACAAAUCCGUUUAACCUGCUCCUCUCAUCUUUUGACCAUAAUGCCGUACUUUGGGACUGUCAUAUUUAUCUAUGUCAGUCCCAGUUCCAACUACUCGAUGGAUCAGAACAAAGUGGUGUCCGUGUUCCACGUGGUGGUGAUCCCCAUGUUGAACCUUCUGAUUUAUAGCCUGAGGAACAAGGAAAUUAUGGAUACUCUCAGAAGAAUGGUUGCUAAGGGAAGUCUUUCCUGA